GAAUAAAGGAGAUGCCAUUCAUUGGACUUUAAAUGUGGCGAAGCCACGCCUCCUGCUGUGGGCGGGGUUUAAAGUUUAGUCCAGUUCUGAAACUCUUGCGCUGGAACUCAGUCAGUCAGAAGCUCUCUGCUCCAGACACACAGACUGAUCUACAGAAAGAGAGGGAACGUUUAGUUUAGACAGAUCAGAGGACAGUAUGGAAUCAGUAGGUUUUCGUUUGGUUUAAUUAUAGAUUUGGACAAGCAGCGAAGAGAAGGACUUUACGCACGCACCUCUGGAGAACCGCAGUGUCUCUGCGCGGUGAUGGAGGUUUCGGACUUCAGGAAUUUUGCGCUUUGGAUUUCAUUCCUGACGGGUUUCACGAUGACCAGUUACUCAGAAGACCAGUGCAGCUGGAGGGGAAGUGGUCUCUCUCAGGCGGUGAAGAACGUGGAGCAGGUUUGGUUGAGGUGUGCGGAGGGCUCUGUGGAGUGGCUGUACCCCGCUGGAGCACUGCGUCUCACCCUGUCGCCCCGACUGCCGUGGAGCGCCAUGGGUCCCGGCGAGUCCAGCAGGAGCCCGGUGUCGGCCUGCAUCAAGCCGGAUCAGCACUGGGGCGGGGCUCAGCUCUACCUGGAGCGGGACGGAGUCCUGGAGCUUCUGGUGGGAGACGAGACCUCCAGCCCGGCCCGUGUGCGCUGCUUCAGUGCCAUGCCUGGAGAACGACCGGCGCUCUUCAUGCAAGCGACACCUCACCAGGACAUCAGCAGACGCAUCGCUGCGUUUCGCUACGAGCUGAGAGGCGAUUGGACGGCACAGCCAUCAGUCAACACAGACCCAAUCGGCAGCGAAGGAGCCUGUAGGCCGUGCAAUAACACCGAGAUCCUGAUGGCUGUGUGCACUAGUGACUUUGUGGUUCGAGGAAACAUCCGUUCAGUGGAGACGGACUCAAAUCUGAAAGCGGCAGUGAUCAAAGUGAGCGCGACACGGGUUUACCGGCAGAAGUUUGCUCUGUUCCCUGAAUCCGGGCGUCUGACGCGGUCGGGCGAGAUCCGGACGCCUCUGCAGUGCGGCGUUCGACCCGGCGGUGGCAGCUUCCUGUUUACCGGCCGCGUGCACUUUGGGGAGGCGUGGCUUGGUUGCGCUCCACGCUACAAAGACUUUCUGAAGGUGUACGAGCAGGCCAAACAGUCCCUGAUGAUCCCCUGCACUCUGGUCAACGACUGACGGGAAAAGACGAUCACGUGCGGGCGAAACUCGUGAUUCUGUCGCAGAAGAUGAUCUGAGGAACUCCUGAGCAAAUGAAAGAAACACAGACAGAAGUUAAGGAGAACAGAGACACUGGAGGAGGAAAUCUCAGCAAAGAUCACUGGAUCAAGAUGGAUAUCUGACGAAGGACGUUUGUGUGUCCAUGUCUGUCUAAUUCCACCCAGAUUUGGGAUCCUAAACUGGGCCUCUUUUUUAAACUCAGGAAAUCUUGUCUUUGGAUGCUUUGAUAUGAACAUCAUAUCACUGAAAUAUCCAAAGCUGGUAAAUAAGCUGUACGCAAUGCAUGUAGCG